UGUUUAUUGGUGAACACAUAGGUGGUGACGUCACUACGAACAUGGCGCUGGGGUCGGUCAGGAGUUGUUUCGCGUCCUUUACGUUUCUCGGCAGAAGCUUGACGCCGCCGGAGAUUAAAACUGUUUGCUGCUACCACAAAAAAGUGGUGGAUCAUUAUGAAAACCCAAGAAAUGUUGGCUCCCUGGAUAAGAAGGCGAAGAAUGUGGGGACUGGUUUAGUAGGAGCUCCUGCCUGUGGGGAUGUCAUGAAACUUCAGAUUCAGGUUGAUGAGGAGGGAAAGAUAGUGGAUGCCAGGUUCAAAACGUUUGGUUGUGGAUCAGCAAUCGCUUCAAGUUCCCUGGCCACAGAAUGGGUUAAAGGCAAAUCGGUUGCUGAAGCUAUGGAAAUUAAGAACACCGAUAUCGCCAAGGAAUUGUGUCUUCCACCGGUAAAGCUUCAUUGCUCUAUGCUUGCAGAGGACGCCAUCAAGGCAGCGCUGACGGACUACAAACUAAAACAGAAGGAUGAGGAGAAAGUGGCGAAGGCUAAAAAUUAAACCGCAUUCUUAAUCUCGAGAGCAAGCAAAUGCUUUAACAUCUUUGCAUAAUUUAAGCCCAUGCUGUGCUCCCCAAAACCAAACAUAUCCUUAAAGUAACAACAUCCUUCUGUACUACUGCUGUGUGUGUAUUGCCUCUGCUGAGGAGUUUCAGAUGUUUGCAUUGUCAUGAUUGCUGUGAAGUGUUGAGAAGAAGCUUUCAUUAUUUUUUGGAUUUGAUGUGUGAAAAUGUGGUUGGUUUCUCUUAAUGUCUUUCUGAAUCACGCACAAAGAUGGAGGCAUUCGUCUGUGUUUUUUUUUAUUUUAUUAUUAUUAUUAUUAUUAUUAUUAUUAUUAUUAUUAUUAUUAUUAUUAUUAUUAUUCAAAUACUAAUCCAUGGAGCAAAACAGCAGGGAUUCACCAAAACCAAAAAAAUAUGAGCUGUUUAGUCAGUAACUACACUUGUAACUUAGAAAAGCAUUUCCUUAAUUGUCCUCAGGCACUUAAUGAUCACCACAACAGAAUACAUCUGUUAAUUAUAACACAUUGAAUGAGGCCAGAGGCAGUCUGUUAAAAAUGUAUAUUUCUUUAUGUUAAAUAUCCUGUAAAAAUGGCAGUUAUUAAUAUACGCACAACUAAACAAAAUAAUUAAAUGCUGUAUUCUACUGUUGAAGCUUAAAUAAAUUAUGAAAACAAA